CCAUGUCAGGCUCAAACUCGUUGACGCUGCCAGUGAUAACAGUCCAGCAUACGUAUCCAGAUGUUAUUCACGAAGUCAAGGAGGGUAUAAUUCCAAGCGAAAAGUUCUGGGUUUCCUGUUACAAGAUGGGUGAACCAUCGUUCCACGGGAAGGUCGUUGUCGAGCUUGACGAAGUGAAUCGCGACCUCGUUGUUCUGAAACCAGAGGAAGAGGUCUUGGAAGUUCAAGCUGAGGGGAAAAGUGCGUACAAGAUCUCGUGUAAAUCGUUGGGAAUAGCCCCCACUAAGGUCGUCAGUUCGAUUCAAAACUAUUGCGAUCCAGAGCGUUCAAAUUCUCGACGUCCCCAACGCAUAACAGCAUUUGACAUCUCCCCAGAUUCAUCGCGGUUCGCAACGGGUUACCUUGAUGGAACGGUCUUGUUGUAUCCAACCACUCCCCUCCCAUCUUCCCCUUCACCUCUUCCGCAAUCAAUCACAACGGCAAAAGGCCGAACAAUCUCCCGACCUCAUCUCAGUAGCGUCAUAUCGCUGAAAUUCUUCCCAUCAUCUAGGGUGCUCCUCUCCUCUGGCUUGGACUUUUCCCUGAACAUCCUUUCUGCGGACCUCCCUGAUUCCCCCGCUACAGAAAUCAGAGCUUACCCAGCACGUACGUUGCGAGCGCACACAAGAUCGGUCACAUCUACUGCGAUCAUCUCUGUGGGACGCAACAUCGUAUCUUCGUCUCUUGAUUCAACCAUCAAGUUAUGGGAUGUAUCUUCCGGCUCCGUUAUCACCUCCAUCUCGUCCGCGUCUCCUAUACUUUCUAUGAGUCUUGGAGAUCGCAUGCCUACGCCACCUGAUGGGGAAGAAUCACCAGUGAUUGUGCAGAAUGAUCUUGAGGUUCCAGAGACACAAUCAAAGGUCGUAUUCUGCGGGCUUCAGAACGGCUCUUAUGAGCAAUUUGAUCUGGGCUCGAAGCGCAGCGUAUAUCGGUCGUCGGUGCCUUCAGCAUCGCCUCUGACAUCCAUCGCCUACUCCGAUUCACGUAACCUCCUCGCAACGGGCUCGUCCACUGGGCUCGUCACGCUCUACGACACCCGUUUGUUUGACACUCCGUUGACCUCUUUCAGUAGGACUGAAGGCGGCGUCGAGGAUUUGGACUUCAUCUUGAAAUCGGAGGAGGUGGGACUGGCAAUAGCGACGACGGAUGGCCUGCCAUAUAUCGCGAGCAUUAUUCCAGAAGGACCAGGCGUUGCGGCAGAGUUAAUUGGGGUGGAUUGCGACCCAGUCAGGAAUAUCCGAGUCAGAGGAGGAGAAAUCUGGAGUGCAAGUGAUGACGGUGUUGUGAGGCGAUAUACCGCAUGACAUUUGUAUAUAAGUCCAGUUUAUCUUCGUAUGCCGGAUGGUGUUUUUUUAAGUUG